AUGGAGUUCAGUUAUGUCUCGUUUGGUGGACAUCCUGAAUUAACUAAAACAGGAGGUCCAAUUCAUUUUCUUGGUUAUAUUUUUGAGCAAAGUUAUAGUGGCUGCAUACAAAAUAUACGGAUUAAUGAAGUUCCUAUAGAUCCUAGACGUAAGGCUUUCUUAGGAGAUGCUGUGGAUGGGUAUGGGAUUACUAAUUGUGGUUUUGGUUUAUGUGAAAAGAAAAAAUGCAAAAAUAAUGCCUCGUGUUUGCAAACAUCUGGUUCCAGUGUUAUUUGUCAAUGCCCUUUGGGAACUUCGGGUCGACAAUGUGAACAAAGAGUUGAGCUAAUAAUGCCGUUCUACAACGGAUAUUCGUACACCGAGUAUAUCGGAUUGAGUGGAACAUCAUCAUCAUUCACCACCUUGGAACUUCAGUUUAGACCAUCACAACCAAACGGUCUGAUUUUAUAUGAAGGUUAUAGUCAUGAUAGGCGUGGGGACUUCUUGGCUAUUAUGUUAGUUCAUGGAUAUGUUGUAGUGGCGUUUGACUUAGGUUCCGGUUCAGCGUUUUUAAAGAAUGAGAAAGAAAUAAAAUUAAAUGAAUGGCACAUAGUCCAUUUUUGGAGAAUUGGUCGUGAUGGUUAUCUCCAAGUCGACUCAGAUGAGCAUAUUAUGACAAAUUACUCAUUCGGUUUACAAGUUCAGCUAACGUUAACUUACUCUUUGUAUCUUGGUGGACAUCCAAAUGCUAAUUUUAUAUCAACCCAUAUAAAACCAUUUAUUGGAUAUGCAACAAAUUUGAGUAUUGGAUUUCAAGGAUGCAUCAAUAAAAUUGAAACAAACGGAGUACUUAUUGAUCCUAUUAGGGAUGCGAUAGGUGGCGUGAAUAUUUUAAAUUGUCCUGGACAAGAAUGUGGAUUUCCAAACCCUGUAUGUUUAAACAACGGGAAAUGUUUACAGGACUUAAAAGGUUUUACAUGUUUAUGUCCUCUUGGAUUUCAGGGGAAGAAUUGUAAAGAAAAAAUUAAUUGGCAAGGGAAGCAAUUAGCUGCAUUUGGAGAAAACAGUUUCGUGAAAUUCACAACGAACUCAUUAAAUUAUAGACCCAAUAGUCGUCACUAUCAUAUAUCGCUUGAAUUUCGGCUAUCCAACAAAAGUUUGGGAAAUGACAUUACUUCUAUGAAAAAUUAUCCGUCAACAAGUAAUGCAUCAGUUAAGUUGUUCAAACAAUAUUUGGUCUAUGGUGUAUUUCAAGGUGUACACAAAAUACAAAAUAUAUUAAUUCAGCUUCUUUCCAGCAGAAGACUAAAAUUAGGUCUAGAGUAUGUAGACACUGAAAAAUAUAUAGUCACCUUAUCUAACGUGACUAAUCAAUCCUCGAACAAUGAUGAAUUAUGGAAAAUUGGCCGUAACCAAUUUAGUCAACGUAUGUUGAUACAAAUGUAUGACAUUUCGGAGAAGUUAGAGUUGAGACACGAUUGGCACAAACUCAUACUUACAAAAAGUUCAAAGGCCAUUACACUAUUUAUCAACCAAUCACAAGUUGCUCAAAUCUAUUUUGAAGAAAACGAAGUGCAACCGGUUCAGUUGUUCUUUGGAGGAAUCCCUGAAACUCUACAUGCACAAAGACGAUACCUGGAACUGAUGAGUAAUGGAUAUUCAUCUUCACAUAAAGAGAAUGUUUUUAUCAAAUCCAAAAAUUUCAAUGGUUGUAUAAAGAAGUUAGAAAUUAAUGGACAUCCUACUUCAUUUGGUCAUGUUGCUGAUGGGCAAGAUAUUACUCAAUGCACAUGA